AUGAUGAUUGCCACCUGUGAAGAGGGGAGAAGGAGAGAAAAGAAAUACACACACAGAAUACUUGUAUCCGUAACAGGGGGCAAUCCAAAUCUCACUUAGGACCCCCAAAAGGCUAGAGCCGGCCCUGGGUUAUGUGAAACUCGUUUGGAAGCAUUACGGGAAAUAGCGUUGUCUUCAAAUUGAUCAUGAAGAAGAAAGACAUUUCAAGGAGAGUUUCACCCACAACAAAAUACUGCAAAAUAUUGUGGUCAAACUCAUGGAAUGGAAAGGAGAAGUGAUUGUUCUUGCAGAGGUGUUAUUUUUUCCCCUCUGCUAUGAUCACUGAUUGCUGCAUGACUUGUUCAGUAGAGUAAUCUUAGGCAGGCAGCCAAUGCCAGUGAAUUCAUUCACAACGCAGACAUUGAGCUGGAUAGUAGCUAGACGCAGAAGUUGGCCUCUCUGGUCAAUUGCCUGAUUAAUAUAUGGAUACAUUUAACAAGUUCACAGCUCCUGCAACUGUAAAACUUCGCCAGCUUCAGAAGAUGGUCCAGGAUAUCAAGAAGAAUGAUGGCAGUAUCCUGAACAGGCUGAGAAGAUUUAAAAACAAAUCCGCUCCAAAAGUACCUGUAAGAGACUAUCAAGGUGAUGACUUGGAUGGUGAACAGUGGUCUGAAAAUGAGUUUGAUAGUGACACUUAUGAGGAACCUCAAGGGGAGCAGGAUGAUAGCUAUGAGCCUCCUCCCAGUCAGAGUGUCUUCAACACCACCACCUCGUCUGCCUGCUUCCCCAGGGGGGACUACGUAGACAGCUGCCGUGACAGGCCAACCCACCCACCCAGGAAGCCCAUCUGCCUACCAAAACUCACCAGACCAUCACUUCCCCCCAAACCCAACCAGCAGGACGACAAUGAGGAAGACUACGUCAUCCCAAAAAGUGAUGAUGAAGACAACUAUAUAGACCCCACAGAGGAACCUCCUGCUAACCGUCCAAUGCACGGAAGAGGCAAACCAGUAGAGAGCAGUCCUUCGAUGUCUAAGACUGUGCCAGAGCGCUCAAAUAGCCCAGAUGUGUAUGAAGUUCCUGACAUUGAGGAAAACUCUCCUCCCCCAGUGAGCAGACCUUCCACACUCAAAGUCCCUGCACAGGGUUUUCCCCCUAGAGCCAGCCCAAGAAUGCACCUAAAGACAUGUCCACCCAACCCAGUCCAGGAGCCCAUAGAUGAUGAAUAUGAAGUGUGCGAUCCAGAUGAAAGUGGCAGUAAAAAGUCUGCUGAGAAGGCCCUGCCUGUGCUUCCCAAACCAAUGCCCAGAGAGACGAAGCCAUUGAAGCCACCUUUAAGGCCGAGGCAAGAUAUUGCAUCCAGGGAAAAUGAAGGCCCAGCACUGGCCAUGAGGCACAGUACCCAGAAACCCACGACCACACCCCAGCCCUCUGAAUACAAACGUGCCAAGAUUCCUCUGCCACAGAUGUUUACCUCUCCUAAACCUGACAGAGGAACCGUACCCACAGCUGAAAAAAAGUUGACGGAUGCUGAAGAGGGGGCAGAUGUCUUGAAGAAACCCUGGUAUGCCAGCACCUGUGACCGUAAGACAGCUGAGGAUACUUUGGUUCGCUCAAAUAAGGAUGGGGCAUUUCUAAUAAGGAAGAGCUCUGGUCAAGACAGACAGCAGCCAUACACUUUAGUGGUGUAUUAUAACAGUAGAGUCUACAACAUCCCAGUACGCUACAUCCAAGCAUCGCAGCAGUACACUCUUGGAAGGGAGAAGAAAGGAGAGGAGCGUUUCACCAGUGUUUCCCACAUCAUUGAGAACCAUCAGAGGAACCCCCUGGUACUGAUUGACAGCCAGAGGAACACCAAGGACUUCACCAAACUGUGCUAUGCUGUGAAGCCUUAGGCCUCACUAGACCCUCACCAGUACUAUGGACCAUCCCAAAUCAGUGUGUCUAGUGUUAGACCUGUGUGCAAAUCAACAGGCAAUUUGAUGCUGCACUCAAGUCUGAUCUUACAGAGCAUCUGUUCAGGGUUUGUGAACAACAGUUUAGUCACAUUCACCAGCCAUGGCUAUCCAAGCAAGACCAGCAUGAAAUGUACAUAAUGUACUGUAUUAGCUCAGUCAAAUUGUUCAUGUGUGGGAAUAUUCAAACUUGUGUUGAACAUUUUGCAUUCUAUGGGGUCUUUUCCAACAAGCAUUAUCCCAUAGACAGUGCCAUUAUGUAUUCUUACAUAAUAACAGAUUAUAGAAAUGUUAUGAAUAGAAUGUAACGUAGUAUACAUACACUGAACAAAAAUAUAAAGGCAACAUGCAACCAUUUUUAAAUGUUACACAGUUACAGUUCAUAUAAGGAAAUCUGUCAAUUGAAAUAAAUGUAUUAGGCAGUAACUUGUGGAUUUCACAUGACUGGGAAUUAAGAUAUGCAUCUGUUGGUCACAGAUACCUUAAAAGGUAGGGGUGUGGAUCAGAAAACCAUCAGUAUCUGGUGUGACCAUCAUUUGCCUCAUGCAGUGUGACACAUGCCUUUCACAUGGAAUUGAUCAGGCUGCUGAUUGUGACCUAUGGAACGUUGUCCCACUCGUCUCCAAUGGCUCUGCUAAGUUGCUGGAUAUUGUCGGGAACUGGAACACAUUGUCGUACACGUCGAUCCAGAGAAUCCCAAACAUGCUCAAUGUGUGACAUGUCUGGUAAGUAUGCACACCAUGGAAGAACUGGGACAUUUUCAGCUUCCAGGAAUUGUGUACAGAUCCUUGCGACAUGGGGCUGUGCAUUAUCAUGCAUCAUGAAAAAUGAAGUGAUGGCAGCGGAUGAAUGGCACGACAAUGGGCCUCGGGAUUUAGUCACGGUAUCUCUGUGCACUCAAAUUGCUAUCGAUGAAAAGCAAACGUGUUCCUUGUCCAUAGCUUAUGCUUACCCGUACCAUAACCCCACCACCACCACGGGGCAUUCUGUUCACAACGUUGACAUGAGCAAACCUCUCACACACACACCACCAUACAUGCCAUCUGCCAUCUGCCCAUUACAGUUGAAACUGGGAUUCAUCUGUGAAGAACACAGUUUGUCAGUGGUCAUCGAAGGUAAGCCUUUGCCCACUGAAGUCGGUUAUGGCGCCGAACUGCAAUCAGGACAAGACCCUGGUGAGGAUGACGAGCCCGCAGAUGAGCUUCCCUGAGACUGUUUCUGACAGUUUUGGCAGAAAUUCUUUGGUUGUGCAAACACAAAGUUUUGUCAGCUGUCCGGGUGGCUGGUUUCAGACGAUCCUGCAGGUGAAGAAGCCAGUUGUGGAGGUCCCAAUGUCUAAAAGGACGUUGGAGGCGGUUGAUGGUAGAGAAAUUAACAUAAAAUUGUCUGGCAACAGCUUUGGUGGACAUUCCUGUGUUGUGUAACAAAACUGCACAUUUUAGUGUGGCAUUUUAUUGUCCCCAGCACAAGGUGCACCUGUGUAAUGAUCAUUCUGUUUAAUCAGCUUCUUGAUAUACCACACCUGUCAGGUGGAUGGAUUAUCUUGGCAAAGGAGAAAUGUUCAGUAACAGGGAUGUAUACAAAUUUCUGCCCAAAAUUUGAAAGAAAUAACCUUUUGAGAAUAUGGAAAAUUUCUGGGAUCUUUUAUUUCAGCUCAUAAAACUUGGGACCAACA